UGGAACCUUAACAAAAGGGACGUGGCUACUUUUGGCUGCCAUUUUUUCUGGGUAACCGGCAGGACACACGGGCACCACAGAACGUGCCAGCAUGAAGAUGAAGAGGGUCCUGGUCCUCCUGCUUGCUGCAGCUUUUGUGCGCGCCCUCGAGAGAGGUCGAGAUUAUGAAAAGGAUAAGGUCUGCAAGGAACUUGCUAGUCUUGGAAAAGAUGACUUCACAUCUUUAGCAAUGGUCCUGUACAGCAGAAAAUUUCCCAGUGGAACAUUUGAACAGAUCAGCCUUCUUGUGAAGGAAGUGGUCUCCCUGACCGAAGCCUGCUGUGCUGAAGGGGCCGACCCUGGCUGCUAUGACAACAGGACGUCAGAAUUGUCGGCUAAGUCCUGUGAAAGUGACUCCCCGUUCCCAGUGCACUCUGGAACCGCCGAGUGCUGCACCAAAGAGGGCCUCGAAAAGAAGCUCUGUAUGGCUGCCCUGAAGCACCAGCCGCAAGAGUUUCCUACCUACGUAGAGCCAAGUAAUGAUGAAAUCUGUGAGGCAUUCAGGAAAGAUCCCAAGGAAUUUGCUGACCAAUUUAUGUAUGAAUAUUCCACUAAUUAUGGACAAGCUCCUCUGCCGCUUUUAGUCAGUUACACCAAGAGCUACCUUUCUAUGGUAGGGUCCUGCUGUACCUCCUCAAAUCCCACCACGUGUUUUUUGAAAGAGAGACUCCAGCUUAAACAUUUAUCACUUCUUACUGCUAUGUCAAAUAGAAUCUGUUCACAAUAUGCUGCUUAUGGGAAGGAGAAAUCAAGGCUCAGCCAGCUCAUAAAAUUAGCCCAAAAAGCACCUACUGCUGAUCUGGAGGAUGUUUUGUCACUAGCUGAAGAUGUCACCACAAUCCUCUCCAAGUGCUGUGAGUCUACCUCUGAGGACUGCAUGGCCAAGGAGCUGCCUGAACACACAGUAAAAUUCUGUGACCACUUAUCCACAAAGAAUACUAAGUUUGAGGACUGUUGUCAAGAAAAAACACCCAUGAACAUUUUUAUGUGUGCUUACUUCACGCCAGCCGCUCAACCACCAGAGCUGCCAGAAGUUGAGUUGCCCACCAGUAAGGAUGUGUGUGGCAAAGGAAACACCAAAGCCAUAGAUAAGUAUACAUUUGAACUAAGUAGGAGGACUCAUGUUCCAGAAGUAUUUCUUAGUAAAAUACUUGCACAAACCCUGAAAAGCCUUCAGGAAUGCUGUGACUCUGAAGAUUCUACUGCCUGUUUUAAUGCUAAGACCCCUGGACUGAAGAAGGAACUAUCUUCUUUCAUUGACAAGGGACAAGAACUAUGUGCAGAUUAUUCAGAAAACACAUUUACUGAAUACAAGAAAAAACUGGCAGAGAGGUUAAGAACACAAUUGCCUGAUGCCACAGCCACAGAACUAGAAGGGCUGGUUGACAAACGCUCAGACUUUGCCUCCAAGUGCUGUUCCAUAAACUCACCUCCUCUCUACUGUGACUCUGAGAUUGAUGCUGAAAUGAAGAAUGUCCUGCAGUCUUGAUGCAUAUGUAUUAUCUUAGACCUAAAGCUGGAACCAUCCUGGAAAUGGCAUCAGAGGCCCAACCCAGGCAAAACCAUGCUCCUGGGGGAACUAGGUACUCCCCGAUUUUUAUCAGCAACAAUAUCUUUGUACAAUGAUAAGUACAAUGAUUUGCUAUCAAAAUAAAUUGAAAUAUAAUGCAAACCAUAAA